UUAUGCUUAUAUGUUAAGAAUCAUCCAUUACCCAUUACUUAUAGUCCCAAGAACUACUUGUGUUUGUCAUCGGUUGAUAGGGAGAGUAUUAUUAUUAUUUUUUUUUUUCAAAUCUGGUAAGAUAUCAAUAAAAAUAUUUUCCUUGAAUAGAAUGAUUCUCUGUGUGCGAAUGUUAUCCCAAUAUCAUCCUGUAUUGCUCAUUUAUUAAUUUUUUAUAUCGUAUGGAUUAUUUUCAUUACUUUAUCAAACUAAUAGGCACCUAGCCUGAACCUCGCAUAUAACCUCGUCAUAUCUGAAUAAAGUUGGUUUAUGUGUGUGCAUGAAAAUGGAUAUUUAUGUACACUUCAAUAAGUGUGUAUGUAUAAUUCUUAAUAUCAGCGGCAUAACCACUUCAAAUUUUAUCUAUUUAUAAAAAGGAUAAUCAGAUAUAUUUAAACAAGUUUUUAAUCGCAAACAUGGGCAAAAUUUAUAUAAUUUUUCUCGUACUUGGAAUAAAUGCUUUGAAUGUCAGUGCGAAACUCAACAUUUGUUUACAUUUGUGGAAUGAAGUGGAAGGAAAUUCACAAAGUGAUACCAAUCUGCUAAAUUCUAAUGAUCCCAUUUUCGUAAAGGAUUUCCCCCUCUCUUUUAAUCAUUCAGCUCUCAGGUUGGAUGGUGAUUUUAAAAACAUAAGUAUAUGGAAUAUGACUUACACGACAUCAACAUAUUUGCAAAAUGGCCAAUUCAUCAAUUUGACUUUUCCAAAUAUAUCUCUAGUAGGAGAUUAUUAUUCAAUGAAAGGAAGGAUUGGUGAUCUAUUUGAUAUUUGGGGAGAAGGUGAUUUUUGGUGCUAUCUGUAUGAUUUUUCAGUAUCAUUCAGUAUCCUUCCUUUAGACCUAAAUACAACAGAUUUUUGUGUACCUGUUAGCAUUGAUGUGGAUCUACAAAAAAUUCAGAUUCAUUUUAACAAUUUAAUGGACGGUACAGACGUGGGGGAUCUAUUUAAUAAAGGAUUUUGUACCAUAAUACCUGAAAUCAUACGAGGUGUAUGGCAAGAAAUUAAAGAAGCCAAUGAUGCUAAAAUUGAAGAAGUUUGUGAUGGUGGUUCAAGAUUGUUAACCCAAGUUACUACUUCUGGUUCAGGUUUGGAUGGUUACCAAGAAGCAUUAAAAAACUCAAUAACUUCUUUCAUAAAUGAAACUGUGUUGCGUAUAUCUUGUAUAUUUAAAGAUGUCGAAAAAGAUAAAUUUAAAGCAUGA